AUGCCGGGUAACGAAGACUAUGGCUGUUCACUCCAAGAACUGCGUCAACUCAUGGAGUUGCGCAGUCAUGAAGCACAAGAGAAAUUAACAAGUCAAUAUGGAGGAGUUGAAGGAUUGUGUGCAAAAUUAAAAACAGAUCCUGUUAACGGAAUCCCCAAUAAUAACACUGAACUAGAGAAUCGACGUCGUGUGUUUGGAAAAAAUGAAAUUCCACCAGCACCAUCGAAGUCUUUCUGGAAAUUGGCAUGGGAAGCCAUGCAGGAUAUAACCUUAGUCAUAUUGCUCAUAGCCGCAGUUUUCUCAUUAGCCCUCUCGUUUUACAAACCUCCCGAAGGAACCGGCCACGAUGAGUCGGAAUCAAAAAGUGGUUGGAUCGAAGGAGUUGCCAUUCUCGCUGCUGUCAUCGUUGUUGUUCUUGUAACGGCUCUUAAUGAUUGGUCCAAAGAAAAGCAGUUCAGAGGUCUUCAAUCAAAAAUCGAAACGGAACACAAGUUCUCUGUUAUCAGAGGAGGUGAAGCUGUUGAUAUAGUUGUGAACGAUUUGGUUGUAGGAGAUGUAGCAAGAGUUAAAUAUGGAGAUUUAUUACCAACAGACGGUAUUCUUAUUCAAUCCAAUGAUUUGAAGAUUGAUGAAUCUUCCUUAACGGGAGAAUCCGAUUUGAUAAAGAAAAGUCCUGAAGAAGAUCCAGUUCUUCUCUCGGGUACUCAUGCUAUGGAAGGAAGUGGAAGGUUUAUAAUCACAGCUGUUGGUUUGAACAGUCAAACUGGUAUUAUCAUGAGUCUUCUCGGAGCCACAAAAGAAGAGAAAGAAGAUAAGAAGGAAGCCAAAGAGAAUGGAAAUGGUGUUGUCAUCUCAAAUGGAUUAUCAUCUGACAAAAAAGAAGAUUUGGGAGCUGUCGAAGAUAUCCCUGUUGAUGAUAAAAUCGGAAAAUCUGUACUUCAAGCUAAACUCAGUAAUUUGGCUAUUCAAAUUGGAUACAUUGGAUCAAUUGUUGCUUCAGCUACAGUAAUUAUUCUCAUCAUCAGACAUUGUAUUGAGAAAUAUGCUAUUGAAGGAAAAUCAUUUUCGACAUCUGAUUUGGCUUAUUUCGUUAAUUUCAUAAUUAUCGGAGUGACCGUAUUGGUCAUUGCUGUACCAGAAGGUCUACCAUUGGCUAUCACAUUAGCAUUGACAUAUUCUGUUAAGAAGAUGAUGAAAGAUAAUAACCUUGUAAGACAUUUGGAUGCUUGCGAGACAAUGGGAAAUGCCACUGCCAUUUGUUCUGAUAAAACUGGAACUCUAACUACGAACAGAAUGACAUGUGUACAGCAAUAUAUUAACAAAAAUUUCUAUAAGGGAACUCCACCAUCAUAUGAUAUGAUUGAUGAAGAGACUAGAGAAUUAUUAAUUAAUGGCAUUAGUAUUAACAGUGGUUAUAGUUCUCAGGUUAUUUUACCCAAAAAUGCAGGAGAGCAACGUGAACAGCUUGGAAACAAAACAGAAUGUGCUCUGUUAGGAUUUGUUGUUGAUGUAGGAAAGAGCUAUGAUGAUAUUCGUCGUGCUUAUCCAGAAGAAAACCUUUUCAAGGUUUACACAUUCAAUUCAUCACGUAAAUCUAUGAUGACUGUUAUUGAACUUCCAACUGGCGGCUACCGUAUCUAUGCUAAGGGAGCUUCUGAAAUUAUUCUUAGCAGAUGUUCUUACGCCCUUGGCAAGGCCGGAGCUCUUGAAAGCUUUGGAGAAACGGAAAUCACUGAUUUAACUCGUAAUGUUAUUGAACCAAUGGCUUCUGAUGGACUUCGAACUAUCGGCUUAGCUUACAAAGACUUAGUUCCAAAAGGACAGAAAACGAAGGAUUGUCAAGUUGAAUAUGAAGGAGCUAUUGACUGGGAAGAUGAAGAAACAAUCCGAAAUGGAAUGACCUUAAUUGCAAUUAUGGGAAUUCAAGAUCCUGUCCGUCCUGAAGUUCCAGCUGCCAUUGAGAAAUGCCAAAAAGCCGGAAUAACAGUUAGAAUGGUUACCGGAGAUAACAUCAACACAGCUCGUUCAAUUGCAACUGCUUGUGGAAUCUUGAAGCCGGGAGGAGACUUCCUUGCUCUUGAAGGAAAAGAAUUCAAUGCCAGAAUUCGUGAUGAGAAGGGUAAUGUUUCUCAAGCCAAGCUGGAUGCCAUUUGGCCAAAACUUCGAGUUUUGGCACGUGCACAGCCAUCGGACAAAUAUGUUCUUGUAAAAGGAAUAAUUGAUAGUAAAAAUACGAAGAACAGAGAAGUAGUAGCUGUAACUGGUGACGGAACCAAUGAUGCUCCAGCCUUGAAGAAGGCUGACGUUGGUUUUGCUAUGGGUAUUGCUGGAACUGAUGUUGCAAAGGAGGCAUCUGAUAUUAUCUUGACUGACGAUAAUUUCACAUCAAUUGUAAAGGCUGUGAUGUGGGGAAGAAAUGUAUAUGACUCUAUUGCCAAGUUCUUACAAUUCCAACUUACUGUGAACGUAGUAGCCGUCACCAUUGCAUUCAUUGGAGCUUGUGCUAUUAGCGAUUCACCACUUAAGGCUGUUCAAAUGCUUUGGGUAAAUCUUAUUAUGGACACUUUAGCUUCGUUAGCUUUAGCAACAGAAAUGCCUACAGAAGAGUUAUUAGAAAGAAAACCAUAUGGACGUACCAAGUCUUUGAUUUCAAGAACUAUGGUAAAGAAUAUUGUUGGACAUGCUGUCUAUCAAUUGGCCAUUCUCUUCGGAAUCAUGUUCUGGGGUGAUAAACUCAUUCCUGAUACCGUAUCUGGACGGGGAGCUGAACUUGGAGCUCCACCAUCCCAACACUUCACAAUUAUCUUUAAUGCUUUCGUAUUAAUGACACUCGUCAAUGAGAUCAAUGCUCGUAAGAUUCAUGGAGAGCGUAACGUGUUCAAGGGACUCUUCUCUAAUCCAAUCUUUUGUAUUAUCUGGAUUGUCACUUUAAUUUCUCAAGUUUUAAUUGUUCAAUAUGGAGGACAUUGGUUUUCGACAGCUCCACUUACACCAGUCCAAUGGAUUGUCUGUAUUGUUUGUGGAUUAUUUGAAUUACUCUGGGGACAGAUUAUCACCUCCAUUCCAUCAUCUGUCUUACCAAAAUCCUUCCGAUUUGGUAAAGGUGAAGUUCAACCAACAUCUAUUCAUCUUACUGGAGAUUAUGAUUUGCCAAGUUCCACAUCUACAUUACCAAAGCAAGACCCAUUGGCUAAUGAAAAGAGGCCUGGUCAGAUGCUUUGGUUACUUGGCUUAACCCGUCUUCAAACUCAGAUGCGAGUUGUGAAAGCCUUCCAAUCCAGUCACGACAACAGCCAUCCCAACUCGUUGACAUCAUCAACAGCAGAUCGCCUGAGGGCCAGUUAUCGUCGUUUGAAGAUAGCUAAGGAGCUAGAGCAGCAGAAGAGGUCUGGUAGCUUACGCGCCCGUGGACAGGUACAUCAUGAGGAAUCAAAGAAGAAUCCAACCGGAAUGAAAUUCGUUUAA